GUCAGUAGUACAAGAGUGAGUGGUGGAGCAAGCUGACACUGUGGGACCUGACUCUGCUCUUAACACAGAAUCAUCACAGUUUGGCAGUAGUGUCAUGGACGUAACAGGCCCUCGAGUGCUCAUUCCUUCUCCACCCUCUCUAGACCUGAGCGAAGUCACACUCCAGCUCCAUCCAGAAGGGCAAGAUGCUGGCGAAGCAAGAUUCACCCGAUUGUCCAACAAUCCUAACGUGAACGUCCCGCUCGCCAUGCCCACUGGAGACGCUGACAAGCCAGGGUCAUGUGGUGGAUACGUCCAGGACGCUCGGUCAAGUGGCGGGUACAGCCACGACGCUCGGUCAAGUGGCGGGUACAGCCACGACGCUCGGUCAAGUGGCAGGUACAGCCACGACGCUCGGUCAAGUGCCGGGUACGGCCACGACCCUCGUUCAAAUGGCAAGAACAGAGUCAGCUCAAAUGGUGUGACCCUGCUAAACACUCACUUCCCUCCCUAUGACCCCAGGUUCUCCCUCGCCUCUACUCUGGGUCCAUCCAGUACUGGAACCUACCCUCAGGUGAGGAUCCGUCUUGUAGCACUGUUCCAUGUGUCUUCUCAUCUGUAUCCUAAACAAAAUUUAUGCUUGGAAACAUUCUAA